AUGGGCAGAAAGAAGAAGAAGGCAUCUAAACCAUGGUGCUGGUAUUGCAACAGGGAAUUCGACGACGAAAAAAUCCUAAUUCAGCAUCAAAAGGCGAAACACUUCAAAUGUCACAUUUGUCACAAAAAACUAUACACGGGACCCGGAUUGUCAAUACACUGCAUGCAGGUUCACAAAGAAGCCAUAGAUAAAGUACCAAAUUCAUUACCAAAUAGGUCAAAUAUAGAAAUAGAAAUCUAUGGAAUGGAAGGUAUACCACCGGAAGAUGUGAAGGAGCAUGAGAAACAAAAAUCAGGUGGUGGUAAAGGGUCCGACAGUGAAGAUGAUGAGCCUGCUGCAAAGAAAAAAGCAACAACAGCUUUGCUGGGACCAGGACCUUCAACAGUUUCACCCGGUAUACUUCCCACACCUAUGGGCCCGGCCCCUCCGGGAAUGUAUCAUGGGCAUAUGCCUAUGAAUCCAAUGAUGCCUCCAUUCAUGCAGGCGCACAGGAUGAUGAUGCCUGGCAUGAGGCCGUUGUUCCCGGCCGUCAGCAUGCCUCCCACGUCCACUAGUAAACCUACGUUCCCUGCAUAUAGUAACGCGACAAUAAGCGCGCCGCCCACAACGUCGACGACAAGCAGCUCCGACCCCAAAGAAAACGGCGAAGUAAAACCUCCCGCGGCCAACUCGUGUCCUUUGGUCACGGCCACGGGCGCCGGCUCCAAGAUCAUUCACCCCCCAGAAGACGUGUCUGUAGAAGAAAUACGAGCGAGAAAUAUCAAGUACAGACCAAAACCGAAACCUGACGCGCCAGUGCCACAGCCGCAGCCCGCGCCCGCCAUGAUCACUCCUAGUACGAGUCAAGCCGAGGUAUGGGUGGCGGCGCACAUGAACGCGGCGGUGGCGGCGGCGCGGCAGCAGCAGGCGGCGGCGGCGCUGCGGCGCGGCGUGCUGGGCGGCGUGGUGGGCGUGCUGCCCGCCUCCAUGCCGCGCGUGCCCGUCUCCAUGCCGCAGAUGGCGCCCGUCAUGCCCAUGCUGCCCGUCAUGCCGCAGUUCAACCUCGUGCGCCAGCUGCAGCCCGGGAUGCUGCUGCCGGGUGGCAUGGGCGGCAUGGGAGGCAUGGGCGGAAUGGGCGGCAUGGGAAGCAUGGGCGGCAUGAUGCCCAUGGGCGCCAUGUUCCCUGGAGGCGUGAUGAUGCAGCCGCGCUACCGGUAG